AUGAUUAAUAUUCACAAGAUUUGUGAACAAUUAUACCCAAAAUUCUUUUACAAUUUUCAAAUAAAGUGGCAAUAAUUCUAGAAAUAAUUAAAAUAGUAAUCUAAAUAAUCAUUAAGAAACAUUACCUUCUAGACCUAUAAAUUAAGAUCAAUAAUAUCAUUUUAAAUAAUAAUCAUUUCGAAAAGUUGAAGAAUGGCAAAAAUAAUAAGACUUAUUAGUUAAAUAUUCCAAUUAAAAUAAUCACUUUAUUCCUAAUUAUCCUUAAAAAAUAUAAACAGAUUUAUCUUCAAGAUAUCAAAUGCAUUAUGCCUAAAACAAAUCAAUUGAUUAAGUUAAAGUAAAAAAUGAGUUUUAAUUAAAAACUAAUUAAACUAAUUAAAGUGUGAAUUUAAAAACAGAUGUAAUAGAAUAACCAAUACUUUCAAUGAAAACAAAAACAAAAACAGAAGAAAUUUAAAAGAAAUCAAAUCUUAAAAGAACAAGAAAUUAAACAGUUGAAAAAAAGACAGUAAAAAUUUAAGAUAAAAGAAAAUCAAUAUCAGAAUCCCCUGAAAAUUAACAACAAUAAACUACUAAGCCACCUUUGCCAUAAAUAAAAAAUAAAAAGUAAUAAGAAUUAAAUUCAUUCAUAUAAUCUUAAUCUGGUAUAGAAACUGUAGAUUAAUUUCUACAAAAAGCUAAAUGA